UGAGUGAAACGUCUUCUUCUGUCACGUGACGCAUCCCGGAACUGGGUGACGUCGCAGGACAACAAAGAUGGCGGGUAUAGGAGGCAGCAACUACUGGGAAGAUCUGCGAAAGCAGGCCAGACAGUUGGAGAAUGAACUCGACCUGAAGUUGGUCUCCUUCAGCAAACUGUGCACCAGCUACAGCAGCUCCAGGGAUGGACGUAGAGGAGACACGUCAGACACCACCCCACUGCUAAACAACUCUACCCAAGACAGGAUGUUUGACACCAUGUCAGUGGAGAUUGAGCAGCUGCUGGCCAAAUUGACUGCAGUGAAUGACAAGAUGGCGGAGUACACCAACACCCCGGGCACAGCUUCUCUCAAUGCUGCACUCAUGCACACUCUCCAGAGGCACAGAGACAUCCUUCAGGAUUACACACAUGAAUUCCACAAAACCAAAGGCAACUUUUUGGCCAUCCGAGAAAGGGAAGACCUGCUGGGGUCUGUCAGGAAAGACAUUGAGUCAUACAAGAGUGGCUCUGGGGUGAACAACAGGCGAACAGAGCUGUUUCUGAAGGAGCAUGAGCAUCUGAGAAAUUCGGACCGACUGAUGGAUGACACAAUAAGUAUUGCCAUGGCAACCAAGGAGAACAUGACCUCCCAGAGGGGCCUGCUGAAAUCCAUACAGAGCAGGGUCAACACACUGGCCAACCGUUUCCCAACCAUCAACAAUCUCAUCCAGCGAAUCAACCUGCGGAAGAGAAGGGACUCCCUCAUCCUCGGCACGGUGAUCGCCGUCUGCACCAUCCUCCUCCUGCUCUACGCUUUCCACUGAAAGCCAGACCUGGAGAAAUCUUUAUAGCAGGGAUAACCUGCUGUUUGUGACAUGGGACCCCCAGGAGACUGAGCUCAGUGAUCGGAGGACUCUGCAGGCUCCUGAGCAGAAGGACAUUCAGUCGGACAGGAACAGAUUUGGCCGACAAAAACUACUGAACUUGUAUUUAGCAGUGGGACAGAUGGAGGGCUGCCAACAAGUGAAUGGAGACCAAAAGUACAAAUAAGAUUAGAUUUUAAUCAAUGGUAUUGAUAAUACACUUGGAGAGAAACUGAUGAAAGUGUGAAGAGACUGAGAACGUGUGAGGUAUAAUUCAUUUUAAAGGUGGAAGGAUUUUUAUUUGAAUGGUCCUUUUUAAUUGAUGCAGUGGGAUGGAUAGUUCAUUGUGGGCUGUAAAAUGUGAAUUAAUAAAUUAUUCAUAUAUAUGUGCAAGAAGUGUGUGACACGACUAGAUACUGAACAUUUAAAACGUUUUAUUUUUCAAAAUAUAUCAAGUGAACUCUACUGAAAA